AUGCAUACACCAACUAUUUCCAACCAAACUGAUCGCUCCAGAACCACCCCAGCCCUCCGCUACGAUGGCGCCGGCCCCGAUAAAUACUUAAGUGACUCAGAUAGCUAUAAUGAUAAUGAUUCUGAUUGCAGAUCAGAUGAUUAUAAUAACUACGAAUCUAAUUAUGAGUCCAAUAAUGAAGAAGCUUCCUGCGCUUCAACCAGCACUACCGAAGCUGUGAAAGAACGAAAGGUUAAUGUGACAUAUACUUUGAGGCAAGAAAACUUCAAUGAUAAAUUUUCCCCUAAGGAUUUGCUAAAUGCCAUUCGGGGAAUUCUCUCAUCACCACCUAGAGAUAUGUCGAAUGACAAAGAGUCAUUGGAUUGCCUCCCAAUCUAUUCAUUCUUAUUUCCGAAUGAAAAAGGCUCUAGCUUGUAUAAUGCCUAUGACCGAAGUGAGGUGGAAGAUAAAUUAGUUAUCAAAAUCGAUCAAGAUGGUGAUCAUGCCCCCAAAUUUUCUGUUGCCGACGACAUUUCUGAAGUAUAUGGCUUACCUGGGAUUCAUGAAUGUAUUAAUGGUCAGAAACCUUUAAGAGCCGUGAUUGACAUAGAUGCUUCGCAAAAAGAUAUGGAAACAACUGGUGUUAAGGUGCAAGAAGUAUUCUUUCAAAUUUGCCUAUCUUUCAUAAGAGUCUUGUAUCGAAUUCUUGAUUGUGACUGGAAGGACAUUCUCAAUGGAUUAGUAAUCGCUACAUCAUCAGAUCCUAGCAAGUGUAGCUACCAUAUUUUAUAUGCUCCAGCUCUUCUUAUUGAUCAUCACGAACUUAAGGCAUUUACUGAAUUAGUAUAUACCAUAACCGGUAAAAAAUUUGGCAUGUUUAUUGAUCGGAAAUUAUCUGGUCACAAUUUUAACCUUUGCCUAAUUGGUUCAGCAAAAAAAGGUCGUGUAAAGCGUAUUCUUCAAUUCUCUCUAGAUAAUGGCUGGAAUGAACUUGAUCACGCUAGGGUUCAACCACCUACUAGUUUAGGACUUAAAGUAAGACCUCGUAUGCUUAGCACAGAAAAAAAUAAUAAUCCGCUAAGAUUAUCCGUGGGUUUGGAUAUAUUGCAAAAAUAUGCAGAACUAGUUUUACAAAAGCAUUCUAGCUAUCUUAGGGAUUGGAUUAUCGAAGAAAAGGACUCAGAAAACUUCGUAUAUUUUAACCGAAAAGCUCCACUAGGAUGUCCACUCUGCAAACGUAUACAUGGCAAGGAUCAGCGUGAUGAGCGAGGGGUAGUUUUUGAAUGUGACCCAUUUAUUGCAGAAAAAAUUCAGCAAGAAAAUAAAAAAUCUCUGCAAUCCUCUCACAAAGUCAAAGUUCUGGGCUUCCCUAAAGCCUUCGUAAAUUUCCCAUCUUGGGCUAAGUAUAAUGAGUCCCUUUCAGCAACAGAAACAUAUGAGGAGAGAUAUGUAAGACCAUUACCGAAUGAAGGCGAUAUCUAUGUAGGUUCGCCUUGGGAGACAGGAAAAACAUAUGUUUUAGAGCAUCUUACUAUAUCUGACGACGUGAAUUUGCUAGUAUUAUCUACGCGCCACUCUUACUCGAAUGCUGUUACUACCAGACUUAAUCUUAAGUCAUAUUGCGAUAUCGAUGGUAAUAUAAAUCUACCCGAUCACAAAAGGGUAGUAUGUCAGAUAGAGAGCUUACACCGUAUUACUAAUAAAUGCAAAUGCAGUAAAAAAUGCAAAUGCCCUCCGAGCCAAUAUGAUUUAUGGCUUGAUGAAAUAGUAUCAAUAAUUGCUCAAGCACAAAGUCGGCUGGCAGGACAAUCAAUAGAAAAAUUGUAUAAAUUAAUCCAAAAGGCUAGGCGCAUUAUUGUUAUGGAUAAUGACCUAACAGACCUCAACAUUGAAUGGAUUAAGGCCCUUCGUAAGAAUAUACCUUUUUCUAUUAUUCAUAAUACUUACCAGCCUCAGAAAGGUAAGACAUUCCGCUUGGCUCCUAAUAAAGAAACUGUGUUAGCUGAACUUUGGGAUUGGGCUAGGCAAAUAUCUUCACUACCUUUUGAGAAUCGGAAAAGUGCUUCACUUAUCUGCCAUCUUAGAAAAGAUAUACAAGGGAUUGUUCAUGCCCUUAAGACCGAUUUUCCAGAAUUGCGAAUCAAGGAAUAUCAUGGUAAAUCUGAUCCAGUAGAAAAGGCUCAAGAUUUUAGCAAUGUAGAAGAAUCAUGGAUCGAUGUAGACCUUGUUGCAUAUACUAGCACUCUAAAAAUAGGGGUAUCUUGCAUUAAUCCUAAGUUUGAACGGGCAUUCUGUCUUUUUAAUAGCUACAUAGAAACAAAUGCCGGAACGAAUCAAAUGCUAUUCCGCAUGCGAUAUAUUAAAGAUUAUAUAUGUCAUAUUGAGCAGAGAUCUUCUAACGUUCCAGUCACAGAGAAAGGAUUAUUCCAAUGGUUGUUGAAUGCCAAACGCGAAUGUCUCUCCCGGGAACUUCAGAAUAGAGGAAUAUUUCCAGAUAUAGAUUCUAUCAUCCGGAAUAAGGAUGUACCGACUGUUCGAUUAUGGGUGGCCUAUAUGUUGGAAAAAUUCCGUUCCCGGCGCUUAUUUGGUUGGAGAAUGGUUGAUUUUCUUAGAGAAGCAGGUAUGAUAAUUUCCAUCAUAGAAUCCGGCCCUAAAUCCAAUGAAAAUACAUUAUCACAGAUAGUAAAGGCAAAAUGUUUUGUUGUUAAAGCAGAUGAAAUAUUAGAUAUAACUAAUGCUAAUAUUCUCGAUCGUGAGACUACCGAAUUAUUGGAGAAUAAACCAAAGAAGACUUUAGAAGAGAUGCGCUCUUUAGACCGGCAUCAUAUCGUGGAUUGUUAUGAGAUUUCGCCUGAAUCAUUGACCGAGAAUUUCAUCUCAAAGUAUGGGAAUUACAAUCACAUGAAAUGGUUUAGGGCUUAUAAGCAAUUACGAUAUGCUGGUAUUAACAAUGAAAUGGCCGUUGAGGCUAUAUCCCGUAAAGAUUACAGAGAAGAUAGGCUCACAACUGCAACCCGGGCUGAGAGGCAUCGAAUUUGCCUAGAAUUAUUAAGAAUUUGCACACCAGCUAGAGAUAUCGAUGAUAGAACACGAUAUAAAGCUGAUGAAGUCAAAACGCGUAUAGGUUCUCCUGAAUCGAUAUCAUAUUUCCAGGGUUUAGUGUCUAAAAUGGCUCGAGUGUUUGAUAAUACUGAUGCAUCUCGCAGUGCUAAUAAAUCGGGAUUAAAAACGAUUCGAGCAAAACUUGGUUUAUUAAAUGCAUCACUUUACGCAACUUACGGAUUAAAAUUUAAAGCUAUAGAUAAGAAUCGUAGACAUUACCACCUAGUAGGUUCAUUCGAUAGUAAAGAUGCUCCUAGAUUACCUUCAUAUCAAACGGGUGAAGAAAUUUAUUGGGAAAAUGGGGAAGAUAUUCGAUAUGGGUAUAGUAAACUUCCACCCGAUGAAUUAAUAGAUAAUUUUACUAGUUCUAGCAAAGUGGGUAAUACGCAAAUUACAGAAGAUAUUUAG